UGAGCCGCCGCGCUGAAAUCCCGAGAUGGAGUUGCUGCUGAUCUGCCUUUCCCUGUGGAUAUUGCAAUGCAAUUCGGCCAGGGCGGACUCCAUCAUACAUAUCGGUGCCAUAUUCGAGGAAAACGCUGUGAGAGAUGACGAGAUUUUCCAACUUGCCAUCUCCGACCUGAGUCUGAACGACGACAUUCUGCAGAGCGAGAAAAUCACCCACUCUGUGAAACUUAUCGAGCCUAACAACCCUUUCCAGGCUGUGCAGGAAGCAUGUGAGUUGAUGAAUCAAGGGAUCCUCGCUCUGGUCACAUCCACGGGCUGUGCAGCCGCAAGUGCCCUGCAGUCUCUGACAGAUGCAAUGCACAUCCCCCAUCUCUUCAUCCAGAGAAACGGGGAUGGUUCACCCCGCACCGCCUGCCAGCUUAACCCAAGCCCAGACGGAGAGAGCUACACGUUGGCUGCCCGUCCACCUGUUCGAAUCAAUGACGUCCUGCUCACCCUCGUCUCCGAACUACACUGGCAGAAGUUCAUCAUCUUUUAUGAGAGCGACUAUGACAUCCGGGGUUUGCAAACCUUUAUGGACCAGGCUUCUCGGCUGGGUCUGGAUGUGUCCCUGCAGAGGGUGGACCGCAAUGUCAGCCGCGUCUUUACUGACCUCUUCAACACGAUGCGCACUGAGGAGCUCAACCGGUAUCGGGACACUUUACGGCGGGCUGUGCUGCUAAUGAGCCCUCGAGGUGCACAGGUGUUCAUCCACCAGGCUGUGGAAACCAACCUGGCAUCCAAGGACAGUCACUGGGUCUAUGCCAAUGAGGAGGUGAGUGAUGCAGACAUCAUGGAGCUGGUUCACAGCUCUCUGGGGAGGAUGACUAUCAUUCGUCAGAUCUUCCCCUUGUGGAGGGACACCAACGUUCGCUGUAUGAGGAAUAAUCAUCGCAUCUCCUCCCUGCUCUGUGACCCACAGGAAGGUUAUCUGCAGUCCCUGGAGGUGUCCAACCUCUACCUGUAUGACAGUGUUUUGAUGCUGGCCAACGCCUUCUACAGGAAACUGGAGGACAGGAAGUGGCACAGUAUGGCCAGCCUUAACUGCAUGAGGAAGUCCACCAAGCCAUGGAAUGGAGGGUGGUCCAUGCUGGACACCAUCCAAAAGGGACGGAUUAGUGGACUGACAGGACUGAUGGACUUUCGUGCUGAAGGCUCUAAUUCCCAUGUUCAGUUUGAGAUUCUUGGAACCAGUUACAGUGAGACAUUUGGGAAAGAUGUGAAACGGCUGGCAUCUUGGGACUCCAUUCGUGGUUUGAAUGGUAGUCUAAAGGAGAAUCGGAUAGAGAGUGGUAUGCAGGGAGUGACGCUCAAGAUUGUAACAUUACUGGAAGAACCUUUUGUGAUGGUGGCGGAAAACAUUUUGGGCCAACCCAAGAGGUACAAGGGUUUCUCGAUUGAUGUCCUCGAUGCCCUUGCUAAGAUCCUGGGCUUCAAGUAUGACAUCUACCAAGUUGGAGAUGGGAAGUACGGCUCAGCACUGCCUAAUGGAUCCUGGAAUGGCAUGAUUGGAGAACUCAUUGGCAAGCGAGCUGACUUGGCCAUAUCAGCCAUCACCAUCACCCCCGAACGCGAGAGUGUGGUGGAUUUCAGCAAGCGCUACCUGGACUAUUCAGUGGGAAUCCUGAUGCGCAAGUCGGAGGAGAAGAUCAACAUUUUUUCUUUACUGGCACCAUUUGACCUGGCAGUGUGGGCGUGCAUUGCCGCAGCCAUCCCUGUAGUAGGCAUCAUGAUCUUCCUGCUCAGGCGCAUCCAGGCAGUUCGCUGCCAGAGCAGCACAGGAGGUCAUCCACAACCUUCUGUCUCCACUUCACUUCAGAGCGCCAUCUGGAUUGUCUAUGGUGCUUUUGUGCAACAAGGUGGUGACUCCAUCCUGGGAUCGGUGGCUCUGCGUAUUGUCAUGGGCAGCUGGUGGCUCUUCACCCUCAUUGUGUGUUCAUCCUACACAGCAAACCUGGCUGCUUACCUCACCGUGUCACGCAUGGACAAUGCUGUCAGGUCAUUCCAGGACCUGUCCAGGCAGGUGGAUCUGGUUUAUGGGACAGUGAGGGAAUCGGCCGUGUACGAGUAUUUCCGAGUCAAAGGCACCAACCCUUUGGAGCAGGACAGCACAUUCGCGGAGCUCUGGAAGACCAUAAACAAGAAUAACGGCUUUAUGAACUCUGUCUCCAGCCCAUCAGAGGGAAUAAAGAAGGCAAAGCGAGAGUCAUAUGCCUUUGUGUGGGACAUGGCGGUGGUAGAGUACGCUGCUCUGACGGACGACGACUGCACGCUGACUGUAUCAGGAAACAGCAUGAGCACCAGAGGCUAUGGCAUGGCCCUGCAGCAUGGCAGUCCUUAUAGAGACCUCUUCUCUCAGAAGAUUUUGGAGCUUCAAGAAAAAGGUGAUCUCGACAUCCUGAAGCAAAAAUGGUGGCCGAAGAAAGGCCGCUGUGACCUGCAGAGCCAUGCCGACACCCAGCCAGAGGGACGCGCGCUGCGUCUCCACAGCUUUGCCGGCGUGUUCUGCAUCCUGGCUGCCGGGCUGCUGUUGGCCCUCCUGGUGGCUGCACUGGAGACCUGGUGGAAUAGCAACCACUGCCGGAGAGAGCAGCCCAAAGAGGACAAAGAGGUGAACCUGGAACAGGUCCACCAGCGUUUAAACAGCCUCCUGGACGAGGACUUGGCCCACAAGCAGCUGCCAGGCCAGUCUAUCGAGAUCUCUGCCCUGGACAUUGGCAGCAUGCAGCCCAGCCAGUCCCUGGAGGCCUUGUCUGCUCGGGACUACCAAGCCCAUCGAGGGCCGCGGCCACUCUCUGUGACCACCUUCCUCCAGGAGGGUCAUGGGGCAGGAAGGACACUGGGUGCAGCCACUGGCAGGACCUUGCCCUUGCCCCUCAGCAGUGCCACCAUGCCCUCUAUCCGCUGCAAACACAGGGCACCCAACGGGGGCCUCUUCCGGCAGAGCCCAGUCAAGACACCCAUGCCAAUGUCCUACCAACCAGUGCCAGGAGGACCCAUCCCAGAAGCCAGUGAGCCCAGCCACGGGACAUCCAUCUGAGCACGCUCAACAUUCACAGACACUCAAGCUCAAACAAAAUAGUGGAGAGCUAAACAGAGUGCUAACAGUGUGAAGAGAUAUAAAUAAACACUAAAAAAGGAUUUUUAUUACCAGUGAUGAAGAAUCAGUGGGACGACAAGAUAAUGAGACUUUAAAUGUACAUAUUUGUAAGUACAAAG